AUGCCCUUUCGCAUGUCAGGUUUUGUGCCCUUUGGUAAACCAGUGGUAGUAGGCUUCCUCUUACCCAAUCAGACUCUUGCUUCCACCAUCUUCUGGCAGUGGCUGAACCAGAGCCACAACGCCUGUGUCAACUAUUGCAACCGUAAUGCAACGAAGCCCACUCCAAUGUCAACGUUUUUCCAGGGACAGCUUGGUGCAGUCAGCGGUACAGUUACUAUAGCAGUGGGGCUGAAUAUUCUUCUAAAGAGAGCUGAGCAUUUUUGUCCAGCUACAAGAAUCCUGAUGCAGAGGUUCAUCCCCUUCCCUGCCAUUGGUAUUGCCAAUGUGUGCAAUGUUUUGCUGAUGCACCACACUGAGCUGUCAGAGGGCAUCAUUGUACUGGAUGACAGAGGAAAUGUGGUGGGCACCUCAAAGCUGGCUGCCAGACAUGCUUUGACAGAGACAGCUCUGAGCAUGCCGUGCUGA